AUGGAACCCUCCUACGAGUUAGGAAGCCCUCAAAAAACCAUCAACUCAUCUCAACCCCAAACACUAGAAGUAGACUUCUCCUGGAAGAAAUUCAAAUUAUUCGUCACCUCCAAAAACUCAGACUCCACGCCCUCGAAACCGCUCUACAUCAUCGAAUUCAAGACCAUGAAAUCACAGCUCCUCUUCAAAUCCGCCGUCGAUGAUUCAAUCCUCGGCACCGGGACCCUGCACCCUAUCUCCAUCGACGCAGAGUGCUUGGUCCGCGGCCAGGACAUCAAGCUGAAAGCACAAAAACGGUUUAAGAUCGAGUACGAGUACUUCUCCACUCUAUUCUCCGACACCGAAAAUGGGGAGCCGGUGCCCAUGACUUGGGUUUGUGACACGGGAAUGAAGACGUGUGGAUUUGUGUGUUUGGAUAGGAACCGGAUGCCUGUUGCGCGGUUUCAGGUGAAUUUGUGGGCUGCGAAGAACGUUGGGGUUAUUGAGUUGCUGGGGGUGGCGGCGGAGAGGGAGGAAGUUAGGGAUGAGGUUGUGGUUACGGGCUUGACGUUGUUUUAUUUCACGGUGUUGAGGUCGAGUAGUAUAUUUUCGUUCUUUGGCGCGGUGUUUUCGAGGCCUGGGAAGGAGAAGGCGGGAAAGGAGAGUAAGGAGAGGGUUGAGUAG